UGAAUAGUGGUCGAGUGGGGCGGUCGUCGUCUUUUGGGACAUUUGUUAAACAAAAGAAAGAUCCAUUCAUUUGUACUUGUAGGUGUCCAACUCAGAUUACACUCAUAUGCACUGAACCCACUUGGAUUUGCAUGUCCCCAGGUCUAAACUCUAAAGAGAAGAUGAGCAGGACUCCGAUUUCUGAACUUGGCAGUCAGUCUGAGUUUGAGUGACUUGAGUCGAUCAUCUACCAUUCUACCAGAUUUCUUUGACCAAAAAAAAAAAAAAAGAAUCAACCAGAUUUCAUAAAUAUGGUCACCGGGAAAUCAAGCGACCCAGAGCGUCUGCAGCAGCUGAAGGCCUUCGACGACUCCAAAGCUGGUGUCAAAGGCAUCGUCGAUGCCGGAAUCACCAAACUCCCACCAAUUUUCGUCCGUCCAAAGAAAGAUCCCUCCGUCAUCGGCGAUCGUACGGUUUCAGGUCAUUUCGGUAUCCCUGUAGUGGAUCUGGCUGAAUAUAACGGAAGGCGUGCUGAGGUGAUCGACCAAGUCCGGAGGGCAGCAGAGAGCUUUGGGUUCUUCCAGGUGGUGAACCAUGGGAUGCCCGAGAGAGUGAUGGAGGAGAUGAUGGAGGCGGCGCGUGUGUUUCACGAGCUGCCGAGGGAGGAGAAGGCGGAGUACUAUGGUAGGGAGAUGGGGAUGAAGGUCAAGUAUUUCUCUGGCAGUACCAUGUAUAAGUUGAUGUUUGCUGAUUGGAAGGACACUUUGCAGUGUAACAUAAGUGACGAGCUGUUUGAUCCUCAAGAAAUUCCUGUCGUUUGCAGAGAUAUAACUAUGGAGUACUCUAAGCACAUUCACAAGUUAGGUGUCACCUUAUUUGAAUUUCUAUCUGAGGCGCUUAGGAUCAAACCUGAUCACCUCAAAAACUUGGAUAGCACAAUGGGGCAUAUGGUUCUUAGUCAUUACUAUCCACCAUGCCCCGAGCCUGAAGUGACUAUUGGCACUGUCGAACACUCAGAUCCUGAUUUUAUGACCAUCCUACUUCAAGACCAAAUCGGUGGACUUCAGGUUUUGUACCAAAAUCAGUGGAUUGAUGUUCCUCCUGUACCUAGAGCUCUAGUGGUGAAUAUCGGAGAUUUCUUGCAGCUGAUCUCAAACAAUAAGUUCAUAAGCGUUAAUCACAGAGUAUUGGCAAAAAAUGAAGGUCCAAGAAUUUCCGUGGCAUGUUUUUUUAGACCUUCACUAGAAAACUCCUCAAGAUUAUAUGGACCAAUCAAAGAAUUAACAUCAGAAGAAAAACCUUCAGUUUAUCAGGAAACAACAGUGAAGGAUUAUGUUAUGUGCCACUACAAGAGUUGGGAACUAAAUGGGGUCUCCGGGCUAGAAGACUUGAAGCUAUAGAAAUAACUGAUGAAGUUUAUCCUUGAAAUUGUAUGCUUUACUGAUAGUUUAUGCAAUAAUUGAUCAAUCACAUACUUAUUGAUAGUUAAAUUUAAUAUACUUUUUGGUUUUAGCACUAUCAUUUGACCUUAAUGAUCUUAUGAGUUUUUUAUUUAUGGGCGUCAAUGAGUACCGCAUACUGUUAAUGGAUAAUGCAUAAAUUUAUUAUUAGUG